CUGCCUUCUUUAAUUUAGUCGUAGUCAAAUCGUACUAGAGUCCACAUCGAUCCAUCUAUUUCAAUUAUCCAUUCGAAAGACAAAAUGGAUAUCAUGUUGAUUUCUUUAAUACUCGCAGCAUUUAUAGCCUUGUAUUUCUACCUAGUGCAAAAAAACAAGUAUUGGCAAAAUCGUGGAGUAUUUUGCGCAGAUGGAGCCCUGCCGGGAGUCGGUCAUAUGUUAUCGGUGCUCUGCAUGAAAACAACAUUCACUGAGUACUUUCAGAAGAUCUGCCAUAAUAAUAAAAGUCAUAGUAUGGUGGGAAUCUAUAAGUUUAUGUCACCGUUAUUGAUAGUUCUCGAGCCGGAUUUGGUGAAGACAGUGUUGCAGACUAAUUUCUCAAACUUCCAUGUGAACGCUGCAAAGAUUAAUCCUGAUUUAGAUCCCCUUCUGUCGAAACAUCCUUUUUUUUCGCAUGGCGACAAAUGGCUAAUUGGUAGAAAGCGGUUGACUUAUGCAUUUUCCAGCAUGAGACUAAAAAUCCUACUUGAGAGCGUCAAGUCGGUGUGCGUAAUGCUCGAGAAUUAUCUCGAUAACAAGUUGAAGAAAACUGGAAAAGUGGAACUAGAGUUGAAAGACUUGUGUUCCAGAUAUACUACGCAGGUUGCGGCGGCCGCUGGUUUUGGCGUAGACGGAUUUUGCUUUGAUGAUGAGAAACCAGAUAAGUCCUUCCGAAAAAUUGGCAAGCAGGUUUUAGAGCCUUCCGUACGGAAUGCGAUAAUAUUUAUGCUUAUAUUUGUUAUCCCACCGUUGAAUAAAAUCCUCAAAAUGAGCAUUGUUCCAAAGCAUAUCGAUCGUUUCUUCAGAACGUUAGUCGCGGAUCUUAUGCAACAACGACGAGAAGAAAAAAUACCUAGAAACGACUUUCUUCAUUUGAUGGCAGAAUUGGAGCGGAUUUCAGACGAAAAAUUUGACCUCGAAAUGCUUACAUCUAAUAUAAUAACAUUCUUUAUCGACAGCUAUGGUACUUCCAGUACAGCUAUGAGUUUUGUUGGUUUUCAAUUAGCCAAUCAUCCAAAGGUGCAAGAGAAAUUACGCAAAGAAGUGAUGACUGUACUCGACAAGUAUGAUGGUAUGAUAACUUACGAAGGCUUGAAGGAGAUGACGUACAUGGAUCAAGUUUUGAAUGAGUCAAUGAGGCUUGUACCUGUAUUGGGAUCAUUGAUUAAACGAUGUACUGAAGAAUGCGAGCUGAGAGGAUCCGAUGGCGUCGUCUGUCGCGUGGAACCUGGAACGGAAAUCUUGAUAUCUACCCAAGCUUUACACAAUGAUCCUCGGUACUGGAAAGAUCCUGAAGUGUUCGAUCCCGAAAGAUUUAGUACAGACAAGAAACACAAUAUUCAAAAAUUUACUUUUCUUCCCUUCAGUGAAGGUCCGCGGAACUGUGUCGGGAUGAGAAUGGCUCAAUUGCAAGUGAAGGCGGGUCUCGCUGCAAUUCUGAAAAAAUAUAGUCUGGAACUUUCUCCGAGGACACAAGUACCUCUGAAAAUGAUACCCGGGGCAAACUUACCAUCACCAAAAGGUGGUCUGUGGGUCUUCUUCCGGCAGCUUUAAAUAUUGAAUAUACUAUUUUUUUCAAGCUAUCGUAUGUUAAUUGCAAUUAGAUUUCUUAUAUUCAAAAAUAAAAUGUGUAGUUGUGGGAAUAAAAUUAUUUUUAAUAUU